AUGUCACCGAAAAUCAAUGCCUUUCACCUGUACAGCGAAAUUCGCCUUGAAAAAAAUCCGAACGUCAAAGAGGAUCAUCAUCUAAUGACGCUCAAUGUUUGCUCACGAUUUGCUGCACCGAACGCAUUUUGCCUAAAAAUAACAGGAUGGUGGGUCAUAGAAAUUGGAAGCCACUGGGAAGUGCGUAACAACUCAUCUGCCGAAUAA